GUAGUGGACAUCAGAGCGACUUAUUUCUGCGAGGAGGUAUUUCUCGCUCCAACGGCCUGUCAACAUGACGUGGUGUUAGCCGAGCUGCUCUGCGGCCCAGCAUGUCCUGACGCCCGCCGCCCCGUGCCAGCGUGAGAGGAAGCAACAUGCCUUACAUAUCACCGGAUGGCCGUAUUGGAGGCCAGAGUGGAUGGAGCCUGACAUCCAUCCCUGCCCUCUUCUGGGGAUUCAUUAACUUUAUUGUCCUGUUCUUCCAAACUCUCAUCAAUCCUGAUGCAGCAAAUCGUGGCAGUGGACAGAGCAGCUACUCUGGGUAUUCGGGGCGCAAGCCACCCCCUGGGCCUCCCCCAAGGAGGAUGGGAAGAGUCAACCAUGGAGGGGGUCCUGGUGCACCUCCUAUGGGUGGGGGAUGAGGUCGGUAGACUCCUGAGGGUCUAGAUCAACCUCAGGAGCCAAGGGGGUGUUGGACAUCUGUCUAGGGAUUUCAGGCCAACAUGUGAUUCUGAAGCUGAAAAAGUAUGUGCCAAGUGAUAAUUGAACCUAUUAUAUUCCUUCCACAUGCUUUCUCAGCCACAGAAGCAGGCGUUAGCCACAUAUGAAGCGGUGUCCAGCAAACCCUGCUGGGUGUGGGCACUGUGGAUAACAGGAAAACCCUUUUACAGAUGUGUGUGUGUGAGAGAUAGAGAGACAUUUUCCCUCUCCUGAACCUAUUUUUUCCAAAGAGAGAGAUCGCCCUCUCCUAAACCUAUUUUUUCCAAAUAAUAUAUUGAUAGGAUAGCUAUAUUUUUCAGUGAAAGUGUCCUUGAAUCUUGUGUUUCUCUUGUUAUAAAAAUUGUGUUUGAUAAAGUUCAUUGCCAUGCGCUUUUUAUAGCUUGGCAUUAUUUUAAUCUGCUCAAAUGUUAGGGUACAGUCUGCAACCUUGGAAAAGAUUGGGUAUUGUUCUCAGGCAACUUAAGGAAAACAAAACUUCCACGGAUGUAUGAUUGAUAUUACAUAGAAUUCUGCAUUGCAGUAAUGCUAAUGUGUGAUUUUUGGCAGAAAGUACCACUUGCAGUCAAUAACUGCACUAUGUUGAAGCUGUUUCAUUAUCAUAACUGCACCUGCAUUUCAUGUUAAUAUUUAAUGCAACAAAGAAAUAGUGAUGCUAACCAUCCAGUUUUCCACCCCAGUAGUUGUACCACACUGUAUUAUGUUUGAGAUCUUGUAUAUAGGUUUGAUUUAAGGGUUUGUAAAAAUGUCUUGUUGCAGUGCAAUCUUCUAUUAAUAUUUCUACAAAGGAGUAAAGUAAGAUUGAUAAAAUUCCUUUUCAGAUAUCAAAUGGGAAUGUUAAUGAUAAAACAAAUUUAAGUUGGACCUGUUUUGGGAGAGGUUAGAUGUGUGCCCAACCUUUAGCUUUCAAUAUCAGCUGAGUUCACUUGAACCAAAUGAUGGGUAAAGAGCUCACCACAUCCUGAUACUUAACACUGUGCCACGUAGGUUUGUAUUAGGGUAUAUAUGUUAUGUUCAUCUUUUCACUCAUGGCACCCUGACAUUUUUAUAUCGCAGUGUUGUAAUCAUGGAUGCAUUGUGAAUUCCUGUGUGCCAUGGUCAAAGUAUGUCACUAAGGAAAAAGGGCAUAUAAAGUGCUUACCAGUCAUACAGAUUUAUGAUGGAAUACAUACAUGGUGCAUUGAGGGAAAACAAAUGUUCAACCAAUACAGAGUGAGCAACAGGCAUGUAAAUGAUUAAGGAAAGUAUCUGUUGUACCAAACACUUGAAACCUACUGCAAGUGGUCUCAAGUUUUGUAGGAUUGAUUUUACACAACAUAUUUUUUCUUCAUGCACAAUUUUGAAACGGGAAAGAAAUUUCAGGGGGAAAAAUGAUUAUUGACAUAACAUGUAUCAUUCCUCAUCUUAUAUUUUUCUUCAUAACCAGGACAGAUCUAAGCACCAUCAAAUACAAAAAUGAAGCAAUGUAAUUCCCCCCCAUACACCACACAACCAUAUAAAAAAAAUUAAGGAGAUUUUGGGAAGUUAGGUCAUCCAACAUCAAGAUUUUGUGUAAAAUUGUUGUGUGCUAUUGGUU